ACCAGAAAGAGAGAGAAAAAUGAAAAAUGAUGCUGAAAACACUUAAUUCUUGUCAACUGGUAGCUCUUUCAUCCACAUCUAACCGACAUGGCAGAUUGUGGUGAUAUGUGGGACGAUCUAGACGAUGAUCUACUCCUUGGUAUUGAUGCAGGUGGAAGUUCUACUGGUGAAUUGUGUGAAAAAGAAUUGAAUGACGACACGCUCGGCGAUGGCGAUUCAAAGAAGAGAAAAACUGGUACCGAAGGAUGUGAACUAACAGCAACCCAGUCGGAAAAGAAAAGGUCCGAUCAGCGAUCUCCACUGGAGCGCUAUCGAGGAGGAUAUCUGUGGGUGACAGAUCUUUGCAAGCAGAUUUGGUGUGAACAGCAGAUGUUUUAUCAUUUGACCAUGCCUAGAGUCAUUGUUGAAGAGUCCCCCAUCGUUACAGUUGGUCAAAACCUCCACCUGGCAAGGGAACUUGCAGUGCAAGAUGUUGUGAAGAUUGCUGUGAAAACAAGUGAGGACAUCUUUGCAGUGAAAGUCCUCAAUCUCCUUGGUGCUGUGAAAGGUUUCCUUAGUGGUGUUCCUGUCCGUCGGGAGAUUCUGAUAUUUGGGUCACCAUUUGGACAGGAUAUUUUCAUUAUGGGAUUGAUAGAUGAAAUACGCUGCGACCCAGAGACAUUUGAGCUUGAAAUCCUUGAGUUCAAGACUCGAUCUACCAAGUCACUACCAUCAAAGGCACAAAAGAAUGCACAUAAUUUACAAGUGAUGCUUUACAAGAGACUGUUUGAUGACCUUGUGCAAGGGAAACUCACAAAGGAACUAAUAGCUAAGAACAUGAGAUUAGAUUUGUCAGUUAAGUUUUCAACUGACAUUCAGAAAGAGGUAAAUGGUGGGGGACUUGAGUGCAAAGACUUGGAUGGGUUAAUGCAAGCGCUGUUUGAUACUAUGCAGUGCAUGACAUGUAUUGGCGGUAUUCUUAUAGAAUAUUGCUACCAAGGAGAUCAGUCCACCAUAGGGUUGGAACAAGUCGAGUAUAGUGAGAUAUGGUUCAAGUCUAUUUUUGAUGAUUUUUGCGAUUAUUGGAAAGGGAAGCGCGAAAUUUGUGGGGUGGAUAUUGAGGACGCUUGGAAGUGUCAGCGAUGUGCCUUUGCAGAGGUGUGUGACUGGAGAAAGAAAAGAGCCGAAGAGUGUGCCAGCAAAAAUAAGAAAACUAAGUAAGCACUCACAUGAUGACUACAGCUUCAACUCUCGGGGGGGGGG